AAAAAAUAUGCUGCUCAAUCACAGGUUUGAGUUUAGAAUUUUUCUAUUUUGAUUCAAAUUUGAGAUUUUAAACAUGAUUAAGUAGAAAGAAUAUAAUUAAGUAGGUGUUUUUUAGGAUUUUAUAUCAAGAAGUAGUCUAGUCACAUUCAUUCUCUUCUUAACUGAAUUUGAUUUUUUACUAUUUUUUUUCUUCUUCAAAUUAAUAAUGCUCCAGUUAUCACAUAUUUCUCUCUUGUUAGGCAAGAACACGUGAACGCCUCGUUGCACUGAUGUAUGCAUGUGGUAAACAAGUUGGUUUAUCACGAUUACCUUUAAAUAGAAGUGCUAGUGUUGUAUUCAGUCAAGCAAGUGAUUUAGCUGAACAACCAAAUCUUCCCGGUAGUUUACCUUCAUCGAGUAAAGAAUCUAUGAAUUCAGAAAAUGUUGAACAAACAUUUAUAUCAAAACAAUUUGAUUUUCUGAAUGAUGAGGAUUCUGUAUCAGUUAUGUUUCCAAUAACAACAAAUACAACCGAUUUUGGUGAAGAAGAUGACGGACCAUUUGAUGAUGGACACGAAGCACAUUUACCACCGGAUACAGAGCCUCGACGAAGUAUCAGUAAUACAUUACGAAGUUUAUCAACAGAAUGGUUGGAUCCUUAUCGAAUAAAAUCAAAAAUUCGAGGAAAAAUACCAUUUAUGCAGCACAAACAUAGUACAAGUGAUACAAAUCAUAAAGAACUUGCUGAUAUUAAUCCAAGAACGAUGAAUAUGGAUGAGUUUACAUCCUUAGAGCAACAACAUCGUCAACGAAAUGGUGAAUCCGUAAUGUCUGAAGAUACACCCGAUACUUCAAUUCAUAAUAUGGGGAUAUUAAAUGUGAUGACGAUAAGUAAUGAUGAUAUUGAAGAUUCAUGGCGACAACAUGCAAAAAUCGUUAUUGAUGACAUAAAUGCUGCCGAUAGUGUUAAAACAUUUAUUUUAUUUCGAAAACUAUUUAAAGAAACACGUCGACGAUUAUCAAUUCUUGUGCAUGAAGCAUGCCAUUUCAAUAUGCUUGAUAUGGUAAUGGAAAAACUCGAUUGUUCACUAGUAUUUGUUGAUCCGGAUAUUAUGAGUACAUAUCAAUUAUUAACAAAACACUGUUUAAUUGUUGUUGAAAUGAAUGAAAAUUAUAUUAAUUAUUUGGCAAAAAAAGCGGUGGCCAUCGAUUGUCUUGACUCUGUUAAAGCUAAUUUAAAACUUCAGUCUUUAGGUGAAAUUGUUUAUAAAACAAAUGAUAAUUUUGCAUGUCAUGAACAAAAAUUACAUAUGUGUAAACAUUUGUAUAAUAUGUUUUUUCAAAUUAUUACAUUAGCUGAAAGUUUUUCAAAAUUAAUUAAUAAUUUAUCAUCUGUAGCACGAGAUUUAACAUCAACAAAUAUAAUUAAUUUAUCAACUGAAUUUUCAACAGCUCUCAAUGGAUUACAUGAUUUUCUACAAGAUAUUAAAUGUGGUAAAGAAGAUCAACCAACAAUAGAAACAAAUUUAUUACCUAGUCCUGAAACAGCUUAUGCAUAUGUAUUUCAAUGUGUUCAUGCUGCACAUUAUUCAAAUUGCAUUAAAUAUUUAAGAUCAGCAAAAUCUCUUUGGCCUGAAGAAUUUGGUUAUGAGGAAAAUAGUGAAACAGAUGUGGCUCUUGCAAUUUAUUAUCAAUCAUUUAAACAGCAUUCAUCAGCAAAUAUUCUUGUUAUUAUUCAACAAAAUCCAUCAAUUACUGAUGUUUGUCAUAAAUUGUAUGAAUUAAAUCUUCGAACGUUUUCUUCAUUUCAAGAACUUGAUUUAUCAACAAGUAACACGAAACGAGACUUAUCUACAACAACAACAACUACAGCCACUUCUUCUAACACUCAUUUUGAAAUAUAA